AUGUCUUCAGGUGAUAAUAAAACAAAUCCUUCGGGAGGUGAACCUAUAGCUCAUAUUGGUACAGGAUGUUCUGCCCUUGAUGGUGUUGGUGCUGUUCCUGUAGAUAUUAAGCAAAAAAAAGAACAAGAACAACAAUCACAACCACAAUCACAACUUAAAAAUGCUACUGAAUAUGUUACUGGUCCCAUUAGUUAUGCAUAUACUGUUGCCAAGGAUACUCUUGGUAACAUGUUAGGAACUAAUCAAACGUCAACUACAAACGAUAAGGCUCAAGACCAAAAAUCCGAUAAAUAA